GCACCCCGCACGCCCAGCGCCGGCCACCAACCCCUUCCGUCUAGGCAAGCACCCCGGCGGCGCCAACACCAAGGCUCCUCGGCGGCCGCAGCAAUGCUCCUAACCAAGCCCCACCCCGCCCUCACCCUCCCCUCCGCAUCCCUCCCAAAUCCUACCCUAAACGCCGCCCGCGUCAGGCCGCUCGCCUCGUCCGCGCCCCAUGGACGCCGCGGGCGCCGCGUCUCGGCCUCCUCCUCCCCGGCGCCAGCGCAGGCCGCGUCCGCGGCGCUGAGCCGCGUGGACGUCCUGUCGGAGGCGCUCCCCUUCAUCCAGCGGUUCAAGGGCAAGACGGUGGUGGUCAAGUACGGCGGCGCGGCCAUGAAGUCGCCGGAGCUGCAGGCGUCGGUGAUCCGCGACCUGGUCCUGCUCUCCUGCGUCGGCCUGCGCCCCGUGCUCGUGCACGGCGGCGGCCCGGAGAUCAACUCCUGGCUGCAGCGCGUCGGCGUCGAGCCGCAGUUCCGCAACGGCCUCCGCGUCACCGACGCGCUCACCAUGGAGGUCGUCGAGAUGGUGCUGGUCGGCAAGGUCAACAAGCAGCUCGUCUCCCUCAUCAGCCUCGCCGGCGCCACCGCCGUCGGCCUCUGCGGCAAGGACGCGCGCCUCCUCACCGCGCGCCCCUCCCCCGACGCCGCGGCCCUCGGGUUCGUCGGCGAGGUCACGCGCGUCGACCCCUCCGUGCUCCGCCCGAUCAUCGCCUCCGGCCACAUCCCGGUCAUCGCCACCGUGGCCGCAGACGAGACCGGGCAGGCCUACAACAUCAACGCCGACACUGCGGCGGGGGAGAUCGCGGCUGCCAUUGGCGCCGAGAAGCUGCUGCUGAUCACUGACGUGUCCGGCAUACUCGCGGACCGGGACGACCCCGGGAGCCUGGUGAAGGAGAUUGACAUCGCCGGCGUCCGGCGGAUGGUGGCCGAGGGGAAGGUGGGUGGGGGCAUGAUACCCAAGGUGGAGUGCUGCGUGCGCGCACUGGCGCAGGGCGUGCACACGGCCAGCAUCAUUGACGGCCGCGUCCCGCACUCUCUCCUGCUCGAGAUCCUCACCGACGAGGGCACCGGCACCAUGAUCACCGGCUGAAACUUGUUUGUUUGUUGUUUCUUUCCUUUUCUUUUUUGGUUCAUUCAGUGGGUUGGAUGGUUUUGCAUACCUCAUUUGUGGUAACUGUGUUUUCGAUUCGAAUCCUGAACAAGGAAUGGUGAAAGAUUGCAACUUUAAGCAGAAUAUAUACAUUUCGUGGCAAGAUUUUCCAAUCAAAAUCUGCCACUGGA